UUAUUCACCAAUCAUAAGGAAUAAAAUAUAGACGAGAUGAGAUGACAUGAGAUGAGAUGACCCUAAAACAAUGGCAACAUAUAAACAUACAAACAACACAUAGACCAUACUAAGACAUCAUAUUUUAACAAUAACAAAUACACAGAACAUUCAAUUAAUAGAAAUUAAUGCUUAGGUCAUUAAUUUAUAAUUCACAUUUAUUUCUGUGAUUAAAAUAUAGUAAUUAGAUUAGAUCAAUCAUAUGUACAUUACAUACCGGUUUAUGGAACCGAGUUAGCCCUUAUACAGUGUUGGCUCAAAACUGGGCUUUAUAUAUUGACCUAUUAAAAUAUCAAUUAUAACAAUAUUCACAAACCCUUCUUAUUUAAGGAUGCAUGAAUUAAAAUAAACAUUCAUAACAUUUAGCAACUUCCAUUCUUCUCUUUCAUACAAGUUUGGCAAUUUAUUUAAAAUAUAACUUCUCAUUCAUUAAUUACUUAGAGAAUUAAAUCAGUGAUUUUAUAGAUUUUAAAUAGGUUAUUUUACUUACAAGUAAAGGUGUUGUAUAGAAUAAUCCAAGUACUUUUAGAUUUAUGAAAUGUAGUAGUCACACCUAUGUAAGACAAACUAUUCUUCUACUGGCCUAGCAAAUCACUAACUACUCACUUUGAAAAAAUACCUGAAAGCACCCUGAAAUUCCCGCCAGGGUCUGCCAUUGGCCAAAAUACAAAUAACCAGCCAAUAGAAAUUUAAAUCCAGUACAUUACCUAUUAAAAUGUACAUACUCUCACCUAGGCUAAUCAAUACCUGGGACCUGGACUUAACCAUUAUAAGAAAUGGGGGUGUUUAGGUUUAUUUAAACACGUACACACAAAACACUAAAGUUAGUAGCGCUGUGCAUGAAUGAAUGCAAGCAUGAAUGAAUAAAUGAAUGAGAAUCUGAAUUAAAUCAAAGUAUAAUGUAAAAUAAUAAAACAAAAGUCCAACUAUCACACUAGUCCGUAAAAAAUAGGGUGGAACCUCGUCCCACUUUUCCUGUAGAAAUAAAAAUAGAAUAUGACGCGCCACCUAGCGAGCGUGGUUGUUGCUAUUAUAUGUACAGCAUACAGAACAAAAAUCAGAGAGAUACCAGUAAAUUCUUUUUAAACACAAUUUAUUACUCGUGUAAAAAGUUUUGAUCAUCGGGGAUUUAAAUUAAAAUAAAAUUCGAGACUACUGUUCUAUAUGACUCCCAGAAUGCCGCGUUAUGGCACCCAAGCAUGCGCAUUAGUUGCAAAAACACUAACGUAUGCAGGUUGCAUCACUCUAUUUAUGUGAAGGUUCACGUCGAAAAAUGGCCGAAAGAAAAUAAUUCCUGGAACUUUGCAUAUUUUAUGGGACUUUCCUUAUGAGGUAGGCUCUCCAAUUUUUUGUGACAUGUAAAUUCAAGUAUUGUGUUUGAAAUUUUGUGAGUAAAAACCAUGAAAGAAGGAUUUAAAUAUUUUUUUGAAUUUUUGUUGUAGAGGUGGGUGAUUUGGCUUUUGACCAGCUGAUUUUGCACGUGCUUGACUUCGAUGUAAACACACUUUCACGCCUUGCUGGAUGGAUCCAAGACAAUCUGAAUGGCUGGUAGGCAUAUUUCAUUCGUCAGAAUCAUGGACUUUAAAACCAGUCACCGGGUCGCAUUACUAUAGCCACUCCGACCAAUCGUUUUAACAAGAAGUGGAAACCAAUGCGAUUCUUGUCCGAUACCAACAUAGACGAUAUGCCUCAAUUUCUGAAAUAUAAAUGAUAGUCAAUUGCAACGAAGAAAAAUGGCUGAAGUAUUGCAAACGUUAUCCUCAAUUACAACCGACAGUGUGAUCAAUGGAACCACACCGGGGUCUUACUACGACUGUGACCUCAAUGACACCAAAAAUGGAACUGCCACGGAAACUGAUUCGAUUUCUGCAAAAACUGUCAUCUUAGUUAGUUCGUACUCUCUGAUUUUUGUGAUUGGCUUAAUUGGUAAUGGUCUUGUCAUUUACGUGGUGCUUCGUUUCGCGAAAAUGAAGACAGUCACUAAUCUGUACAUACUGAAUCUGGCUGUUUCCGACGCCUUGUUCUUGGCUAGUUUACCUUUCCUUAUUGUAACUACCAUAAUAAAGCACUGGAUUUUUGGAGCAGCUAUGUGUAAAAUCUACUUUGUAUUAUUCUCCAUUAAUUUUUUUGCGAGCGUGUUUCAACUCACUGCUUUAAGUGCUGACAGGUUUCUCGCCGUCUGCCACCCUGUGAGGUCCUCCAGAUACCGAAACACCACUAUUGCAUUCCUCAUUUGCCUUGUUAUGUGGUCGGUAUCCUUCAUCGUCAUGCUCCCGAUCAUUUUAUAUUCGACGACAUAUGUCAAUACAAACUCCAACACUAAUCACCAGACCUGUACCAUACUGUGGCCGGAAGGUCAGCCAAUCCCUGCCGACAAAGCAUUCACGUGGUAUACCUUCUUGUUGGGAUUCCUUAUCCCUGUCUCGCUGAUAUCAGUCCUGUAUAUCUCAGUCAUAAUACGUCUACAAAACGUCGGGCCCGCCAUUAAAUCUAAGGAACGAAAACGAUCGCAUAGGAAAGUUACCCGUAUGGUUUUGGCGGUAAUAUCAGUCUACGUGGUUUGUUGGUUGCCGUACUGGGUGUUUCAGAUCAAUUUAACCUUCCUCAAACGUGAGAUAGAGGAAUGGGAAAUUUAUCUCUUCAAUGGCUUAACCGUUCUACAGUUCGCCAAUAGCAUGCUGAAUCCCCUUCUGUACGCCUUUCUGAGUGAAAACUUUCGCCGCAGCUUUGUCAAGGCUUUUCAGUGCGCGUCAACAAAUGACGUCAACAAAAGCUUAUGUCAUGAGAAUAGCGUUUUCCCCAAAUCUAGACAAAAGAAAUGUUCAACAGCAGACGAUAAGAAGAAAGCCGAAAAGUUUGAAAUGGCUACAAUGAUCACUUCCGUUGAGAAUGGAAAUCACCAGCCAAAGAAUGGUAGUGCCAGCUCUGUCAAUGAGGAGGAUGAAUUGUAUGUCGAUAAGGAGAGUCAGACCCUGCAAGAAGACGUGUAAACAAACCCCACAAGAAAACGUAAAUAGGAUGAACGGUUGUACACAACUACUCUGUGUCAUCAGAAGACAUUUGUUGUUCGGUGUGUUGGACAAAGUACUUACACUCAAUAUUGUAUUUGCUGUGUUUGAUCUUAAGUCACCAAAACCCCAGAAUAUAUUUUGUCUGGAAAUUUAUGUCUUUGUAAAAUACUAUUGAAGGGAUAUGUGAUCUUGAUGUUGGUAUGAUUUGUUUUGACAAGUGUAUCACUGUACAAUGUUAGAAUGCAUGAUUUUGAAUUGCAAACUAUGCUGAAUUACAGUAAAAGAAAAUUCGAAAGUUUCUUAAUAGAAUAAGUAGCAGUGUACGGUAUUAUAUAAUUGAAUAUUUCCUAGCUUUCUGAUUGGCUGAGAUCCAACAAAUUAAAAAAAAUAGAGAAGUUUAUAUUCACCUCCAUGUGCCUUCGAGGUAAACAUAACAUUCACUUUAUCCAUCAUCGGCACCAAAACAAAAAUGGGAAUUCCUAAACUGGUGCGAUUAUUUAUUAUCAUUUGAUCUUUCUAUGAAAAUGUUCGUUUUUAAUCAAUUUUUACUAAGUUGAUUGUAUAUUAUUUAACGUCCCUCGCGAGAAUCUUUCACCCAUGUGGAGACAUCAUCAUUGCCGGUGAAGGGCUGCAAUAUUAAGGCCUGUAUUCGACACUUAUGACUCUUGAGCAGGGGGGGGGGACCUUUAUCAUGCCACACCUGUUAUAACACAGGGCCUCGGAUUUUGCGGUCUUAUCUGAAGGAGCGCCCCAUUUGAGUCGCCUCUUACGAAAGGGGUACUGAAGACCUAUUCUAACCCGGGUACCAUCAGGAGGUGUUGCACCCUAGCUGUAAAGAAAGUUGGCGGACAAGGUAUCGUUUCGUAGGCUUCAGAAGCCAGCGUCGAUAUUUUAAACCAUUCAAUCAUAUAAUAAAACAAUUAUUGACAUUUUAAAAGGUCAAUACGAUGAUUUAGUUACCCUAUAACUACACAAGUACAAUAUUUACCUUGCUCUCAGGGCUCGGUGAAUAAUGCACUUCUCGGGUAGUUAAACCGUCGUAUUGACUUAUAAAGAUGUCAAUACCGGUAAUUGUAUACUGCUAAUUCUGAAAUUAUUGAAUAUCGGUGAACAUGUAACAGAAUAUCUGACUUUUUAAAAGAACUAGGGACAGUUUCCUCUUGGUGCAAUUCAAAUGUAUAUAUUUGUUGUUUUAGUAAAACAAACCUAAUUAGUUUAUUUGUGAUUUUGUUCUGUUUUGUUGUGUACUGUCCUAUGUAAUGUCAUCUUCAGAGAUAUAAUAAAGUUGUGUAUGAAAA